UAGCCCUGAGUGUGGACAGUCUAUCCUGGCCACCUUCCACAGGAAACCUGACCUGAGGGACAGAACAGGAAGGAAGCAGGUGACUGUCACCAAUGUCAGUUCAGAAUUCUAACUGGUCCUUCCAACAGGACAAUCCUAUCUUCAGGGAGCCAGAUCCACCAGUCAGCACAGACAGUGACUCAGGCCACCGGCCAGUGGAGAGUUAUGAGGAUACCUCUGCUCAGGCUCCUUCAUGCCCAAGCUUGGGUCCACCUUGCCUGGAUAUCAAUCAAGCUUCAAACUGGCCUGGCUUUCGGACCCUCCUGCAGCAGCUGCCUCCACAGGACAGUGAUGAACGAUACUGUCUGGCCCUAGGGGAGGAGGAACUGGCCCAACUUCAACUCUUCUGUGCCCAGCGGAAGCAGAAAUCCGUGGGACAGGGGGUGGCCCGUCUGCUACCUCCCAAGCUUGAAGGAUACAUCUGUGAGAAGUGCAAGAAGCUGCUAAAUCCAGGGGAGUAUGGAGUGUUCGCGGCCAGAGCCGGUGAGCGGUGCUGCUGGCACAGACCCUGCUUUGCUUGUCAGGCCUGUGGCCAGGCCCUGAUAAACCUCAUCUAUUUUUACCACGAUGGACACCUGUACUGCGGCCGUCAUCACGCAGAGCUGUUGCGACCUCGAUGUCCAGCUUGUGACCAGCUGAUCUUCUCCCAGCGCUGCACUGAGGCCGAGGGACAGCGCUGGCACGAGAACCACUUCUGCUGCCAAGACUGCGCAGGGCCCCUGGAUGGGGGACGUUAUGCACUGCCUGGGGGUAGCCCAUGCUGCCCUAGCUGCUUUGCGAGACGCUACCGAAGUACAAGCUCUAGCUCAGUAGGGGCAGCGGAAGGACAAGCGUGCCUUGGGGAAGAAGGACCUGAUCCAAGCGUCGGCUGGAACCGUGCCUCCUCGGAUGACAAGAUCACCUCCCAAGCUGCGCUUCCCUCUGCAGUUACCAGCCUCGCCCUGGAAACCCCGAGUGGGGCGUCUAAAAGGCAGGAUAGGGACGGUCCACAGACACCCGGGAAUCCCGAAGAGGACAGCCCCUGCCCCACCUGCUCCUCUUCCUCCGAGUCGGAACCGGAAGGCUUUUUCUUCGGCCGGCACCUUCCAGAUCCCUGGAAAAGCCCGGAAAACCUUCAAGCAGAUGACAGAGACAUCUCCAGGAAGCACUGCGCCAUUUGUUAG